AUGACUGCAAACCAAGGAACAGCAAAACUCUUAAGUCUUCAGAGUCAGACUCUGCUUGAACGGGGCUUACCACCAGUGGUGAAAGUGGAAGAACAGGACCCAUCAGACUCACUGCCAGAGGAGGACCUGAAGGGUGCAGGAAAAUCCCCUUUUAUUAUCCAGAUGGGGACAUCCGAAGAGCUUCUGAGAUGGGCGGCGUUGCCACAAUCCAGGACUCAACGCCAGGAGGCACAAGGGAGCUGGGAAGUCCAGUGGCAGGAAAAAGUUGCUGCUGAAGUCACAUCAGCCUUCUCUCCUGCAUGGGGCAACCUCCAGGUGCCACAACUCACACUGGCAGAUGAUAUUGAGGUCUACCUGUCCACUUUUGAACGUGUGGCUCAUGCCUGCCAGUGGCCAAGAGAGCAAUGGGCAGUCCGACUUGUGCCUGCCCUCAGUGGGGCAGCCCGAGAGGCCUACCGUUGCCUCAGCUCCAGAGACAGGAAAGAUUACGGGAAGGUGAAGGCCGCCAUCUUGUGCUGCUGUGAUAUUGGUAGCGAGAUUCGACGGCAGCGCUUCAGGCAGUUUGGUCUCCAGGAGGCUGAGGGGCCCCGCCAGGCUUGGGGAUGCUUGCACAAACUUUGUCAUCAGUGGCUGAAGCCCGAGAUCCGUUCUAAGGAGCAAAUUUUGGAACUGUUGAUCCUGGAGCAAUUCCUGAACAUCUUGCCAGAGGAAGUACGAACCUGGGUUUGGGAAUGUCAUCCAGAGACCUGCGCCCAGGCUGUGGCCCUGGUGGAAGAAUUUACCCUCAGGCAGCAAGAGGUAACUGUUUCCAUGAAGAUGGAGGAAGUGACCUCUGAUGAGGAGAUGACAUCCCCUGCCUCAUUGUGGGACAUUGCUGGCUCUCAGUCCUACCCUACAUGCCACUCACAGGAGGCAGCCGGAUGGAAUGAAGCCCAGUAUGAGCUCAGGAGAGAACAGGCUCAGCCUCCACAGGAGAUCGAUUCAGCAGGCUCCAGGACUGCCAGCCGGACCACGGAUACCCCGUCUGAGGAAGACUCUGGAGCCCUGAAAACGCCCCAGGACACGUGGGGGAAUAUGGGUAAGGCAACGUCCUCAGAGAGGACUGCCAGCCGGACCACGGAUACCCCGUCUGAGGAAGACUCUGGAGCCCUGAAAACGCCCCAGGACACGUGGGGGAAUAUGGGUGAGGCAACGUCCUCAGAGUGGGAGGAAGACAAGCGACUGGGUGAACAGGGCAGCUCUUCAGAUGAUGAACUUACUAUUCAAACAACAGGGCCUAGAAAGUUUCCAGCGUUCCUCUCUUCACCGACCCUUAAGGCCAGGGAGGAACUGAAGGACAUAGAAAGCCAAACAAGGACCUUCUUUUGGGGAGAAAAGCCUCACCAAUGUCGUGAGUGUGGGGAGAGCUUCAGAGUGAAGCAAGAACUUGCUUUGCACAAGAGAAUCCACUGGCGGGAGAGGCCCUUCCCCUGUGCUGUUUGCGGGAAG